AUGAAGAAAUUAUUAUUGUUCCUUACAGUCAUUUCGAUAGUAUUUUCUAUUCAAGAAACCACUACCCACAGUGAUUGCUUAACUCAAUAUUGUAGUGCCGAAGUUGAGGCUUGUCGGAAAGAUUCGACUUGGUAAUCAAUCGAUCAUUUAUUCUAGCAAAAAAUAAAUUGCUGAUUGUUAUUAGACAGCUAUGGAUGACUUGUCACCAGCUGGAAUCUAGAGGAGCAAGGCAGCAGUAAUAUUGUUAGUUUAUUAAUUAGUAUGAUUUAUGUCUAAGUACUAAUUCUUAUGCGAAAGUAUAAAAUUUAGCAAAAUGCAAGUAGAGAAAUUGCCCAAAUAAAUUAUUAAUCAUAUGA